UGCUUUUUACCAAACACAGCAGCAUUAAAGCUGGAACAAGGCUGUGGGGAGAGCCAUGCCCUGAAUUCACCACCAUAGGAGCAUUGCAAUUGUCAGAUGAGAUCCAAGCCAUCUAGCUCAGUGUCCUGUCUCUACGAGAGGAAGGUGCAGGAAACCACCUCAGCCCGUGUAUUUAGAGACUGGCUUAAACCCUGAAGUAUGAGGUUUAAUAGCUGUGCAAAAUGUAUGUUCUCACAUCUGUGAUAACUCUGGAUCUGGUUAUCCAUGUAAGUGUCCAAUCCCUUUUUUAGUAUUGCUAAAUUAGUGAAGCCCCCAUGACUUCCUGUGGCAAUGAGUUCCACUGGCUAAUUGCAUGCUGUGUGGAAAAGGUUGAUUGGUCCAUUGAUUGGUUUCGAAUUUCCCACUUUUCAGUUUCAUUGAACAUUGCCUGGUUCUUGUGUCAUGAGGCAGAGAGGACAGACGCUCCCAAUCUUCCUUCUCCGUUCCAGUCAUUAUUUUAUAGACAUUUAUCUUAUCCCCUCUUAUUUGUCUCCUUUCACUUCCAAUGGAAAACCAGAGAAAUGUCUUUGGGAAUUGGGGCUUGUGGUUGAGGUCCCUGUUCCAAUCCAGGUUGAGCAUUUACUGAUGAGGAGCCUGAAGCAAUGUUUAAUUAGGCCCUAGCGGUGAUACAAUACUCGGUACGUGACUCAAAUGUUGUGCGGUGGGUGGCAAAGGACCCAACAUGGUCGCCUCCUGAACACAAUAGGCUGUGGCCCCAUGUUAUGACUGCCUGGCCGUCUGUGUAGGAGAAGCAGCUGGUUCCAGGACAGUUCUUAAUGGACAGGUACCCACAGCACAAAGCAACGGGCACAAUUUGCCCCCUCAAUGGCAAUCUCAGUGAAGAAGCCAUGGGUAGGGAUGGAGCCUGCUUUGUUCUCAAACUCCCUCCAGCUCCGGAUUGAGGUGCUCGCUGCAGUGGGGGUUACCCAUACCUGCACAGGACUGAUCUGCUCCUGCUAGCGGCUGCUGGUUUCUGGAAGCCAGACAUCCUCUCUGCCCUCCUUGCUGGUAGACAAUCAGCAAGGAGCUCUGCACUGGGGCAGUAGAAGAGAGGGCUGUUGUAGCACUGAGAAGGCUCUCCUAGCUUGGCUUGUGAUUCCUCCCCAAGCCUCACCCUGUAGCAUGUCACCUCUAGCAUCUCGCCUGUCUCUGUUGGCUUGAAAAAUAGGAGUUGCCAAGUUGCUCCUAAUCUUAGGACCCCACACAAGCAGAAAGGUGAGGUGCUCGUGUCAUCCCCAGGGUCAUUCAGGGUUGGAGUCACUUGCAAGUGAGCAAUGAGAAUGUCUUGCAAUGCUUCUCAAUUUUGCUCCCCUCCCUUUUCCCCACAGGGAAGAAGAUCCACCCGGGAAGAAGAUGGGGGUGGUGACAUUUCCUGCUAGGAGAUACUGGCAACUUGUUCCUGCUUCCCAGGUGCUGGAGUUCUCAGAGUAGCCCGGAGGCACAAUGGCAAACAGAACUGGGCUUAACACUACUCAGGGGCUAGACACUUCCUCUCUACCAGAGGUGUCCCAAUUCCAGGAGGCCGUUGGCCUUUUCUUCAUGGUCCUGCUGAACCUCGUAGCCCUGGUUGCCAAUGUGGCAGUGAUGGUGGUCAUCCUCAAGACCCCUCUGCUGAGGAAGUUCAUCUUUGUCUGCCACCUCUGCUUGGUGGAUCUGUUGUCCGCCAUCUUCCUGAUGCCGCUGGGGAUCAUUUCCAGUUCCUCUUGCUUCAACAGGGUGAUCUACAGCAUCGCAGAGUGCCAGACCUUAAUCUUCUUGAACAUCUGCUUCAUCAGCGCCUCCAUCCUCACCAUCUCAGUCAUCAGCGUGGAGAGAUAUUACUACAUUGUUCACCCCAUGCGGUACGAGGUCAAGAUGACGGUUGGGCUGGCAGUCACAGUGGUGGUCUUCAUCUGGAUUAAGUCGAUCCUGGUCACAGUCUUGGCAUUGGUGGGGUGGCCUCAAGACAAUGGGGCCACAAGUGCCAGUAAGUGCACUGUGUCCUGGAGCCCUGGGGCCCACAAGAAGGUCUUUGUUAUUGUCUUCAGCACCCUCUGCUUCUUCCUGCCUACCCUGGUCAUCUUUGCUGUCUACUGCAGCAUCUACAAAGUGGCCCGGAUUGCCUCCUUGCAGCAUGUGCCUGUCCCCUCUUGGACCGCUGCCCCGCGGCAGCGAUCGGAGUCUAUUAACAGCCAAGUCACUAUUAUUACUACCAGAAACCUGCCUCCCAGGCUGUCCCCAGAGCGGAUGUUUGGAGGGGGAAAAGCUGCCAUGACCGUGGUCCUCAUUGUGGGUCAAUUCUUGUGCUGCUGGUUGCCAUUCUUCUCCUUCCAUUUAUACUGCUCCAUUAACUCUGUCAGCCCGGGCAGAGGCCACGGGGAGACAAUCGUCACCUGGCUCGCCUACUCCUCCUUUGCUAUCAACCCUUUUUUCUAUGGGUUACUGAACCGCCAGAUACGGGAAGAGCUGUCUAGGCUGGGGCGGAGCUGCCUCAACAGACCCUUGAGCCAGGAGCUCUGUCUCUCCAGCCCGGAGGGUUCCAUACAGGAGAACUUCCUUCAGUUCCUGCAGAGGACCAGCUGCACACUGGAGACCCGAUCCAGUUAUGUCAACUCUAGCCCCAGGAACACGUUGGACCAGACCAUGAUGGGCUUCAGAAUUCCAGGCCAAAUCCCAGAAGAAACCAACUGAGAAAGCACAGUUGGCUGGGGUCAACUUCAUUUCCUUGUUCUCCAUAUCCUGGCCUCUGCUAGGAGAAGGAUUGAAGCAGGGUUUCAGCUAAUCCGAAGGACUGACCAACCCUUUUUUGACCUGGCGGGAGGGUCGGGGUUAUGGCUUUGGAAGAACUUGCCUUCAGCCAGAGUAAAUCCAGUUAAAAGCUAUUUCCGUGGCUUUACAAUAUUGAGCCAGCCUUGUUUCAUGGGUAGGAGACAAAGAGGGAGAAAGCAAGAAGGCAGGGAGCUGGAAAAGGACAACGGCGCUCACUAGAGCUAAUUUUCUUCCUCUCCCAGCAUUUUCCCUGACACUGACAUGUCACGAGCACCAAACUCCAGCAUCUGAGCCGUUAGGGAGGUUCUGCUUUUGCCUAGUCUUCUAGAUUAAUAGACCUUUCGAUGGAGGUCCAGGGAGAUCAAGUGACAUGCCAGAGGUCACCUAGUGCCUCAGUUGUGGGGGAUGGAGGUAGGAGGACCUCAGGCCCCUUCUGUUUCUGCAUCCUUUGCUCAGACCACUAGGCAACACUGCCUCCCUCUGGUUUAGGGCUCAGCCAUCCCAGGAGUGAGGGCUGGCUGAGCAGCAGUAAAUUACCCUAGCUAUGAGGGACGGGCAGGGAGUCACUCAUGAUCGGGUCCUUUUAAGAAAGGGUUUGGGUUACUUCUCUGGACUCACCCUUAUGCCAGCUCAUGGGAUCAGAGAACAGGCUAUUGAUAAAGAAACCAGACUGCAGGGUUUAUCGACCCACUGAGGUAUUUAGAUAGCAGCCCCUCGUUUUGCAGGAGCAGAGUUUUGCUCUGCAGCGAUCGCUCCCAAGCUAUUGACCUCUGGGAAGGCAGGUGAAACUGACAUGCAAAGCUGUGAUAGGAGGCAAGUGACAGCAGCGGGUGGUAGGUGCCGGCCUGCCUUAAGGCUCUUGCAACGCCAGACAGCCUAAUCCAAAGCGAAGGCAGCUCCUUCAGUGGCUGGCUGUGACAAAUGCAGGUUGGCAGGGAGAGAUGAAGAGAGCGAGGAAUUAUUCCAGGGCAUGCGGGCCAAAUUAAUCCAUGGGGCAACACUGCUGAUUUCAAGGACGGCAAAGGACCUAGCACACUUUAGGUGCUAUAGCAGGUGGUGAUAACAAUGGCAGUAAUACCAUGACUCCCCUGAUUUCAAUCACAUUACACACCAGCAGUUCACUGAGCUCCCUGUCUCAGGUGGGGACGUUGCACUUCAGGAGACCCUUCAUAUGUUUCUCUGCAGAGACAGCCAGCAGUAAAUGUGAAGGGCCAGAUCCCCAAAGAUAUUUAGGCUCUUAACUUCGGUUGAAACCAAUGGGAUUUAGGAGCCUAAAUACCCUUUGAGGCUCUGGGCCUAAAGCGUUCUUGACUGGAUAUUUUCCCCACCCCGGCUGGCUCCAGAGGCAUUUGUAAUUAUUUUUUAAUCGACCGCUAAUGUCUUUUCAACAGAUGUAUUUUAACAACUGUCUAUUAAUAGAGGCAAAGGAA